AUGAAGUUCAACGUGGGCCUUCUCCUCGGGACCGCGGCCGUCGCGGCUGCUGCUAGCAUCCCCAACAUUCCUGCGCCUGACACAAAUGGCACGGCUCUCAUCAAACGGGAGCAGUCUUCUCCCGGCUGUACUGUUGGCGACGGUGGCACCAAAUUCGAGUGGGCAAGCUGCGAGCACACCGAGCAUCAAUCAAUCGAUGCCAAGGUGAGAAAGAUAAAGGAUGGCAGAAUCGUCGACAAGCCAUGGAGUGACGGCGAUCUCUGGUGCUGGAUCGUGUGGGAAGGUUCCGGCAGCGACCGGGUUCCGUGCGACGGUGAUGGGAACCCCUACGCUUUGACCGACAAAGCGAGCUGCAUGACUGUCAGCACCAAUGUGCUGGGUGAGUAUGAAAGAUACCACCAUGGAGGCUGCUUCACUUAA